AUGACGGAACAUAAUAAUUCAUCAUCAUCGUCAUCAUUAUCAAAGUAUAACAAUAUGAAAUUUCAUCAUAAAUUACCAUCGUCGCCAAUUAAAUGUUUACCAUUUCGACAAAAAUUAGAAUAUAUUCCAUUAUAUCCAAAAACAAAUCGACCUUUAUCACCAAAAAUAAAAACAAUGUCAACAAAACGUUCUUGUUCAUUUUUUAUUACAGAUAUAUUGAGAGAAGAAAGCAAUGAUACAUCGUCAAUUAUAAGUCAACAUGAUGAUAAUAACAAUAUUAACAGUAAUAAUCAAAUAUCAUCAUCAAUUUUGAUCAACAGAGAUGAUAGUGAUGAUAAUGACGAUAUUGAUAGCGAAUCUGAUUUGGGUGGAACGAGUGCCUCUGAUGGAUCAAUUAAAACUAAAAAACCACGUAAAGCACGAACAGCAUUUACCGAUCAACAAUUAAAUUGUUUAGAAAAAAGUUUUGAAAGACAAAAAUAUUUGAGUGUACAAGAUCGAAUGGAAUUAGCAUCACGAUUAAAUUUAUCUGAUACACAAGUGAAAACAUGGUAUCAAAAUAGAAGAACAAAAUGGAAACGACAAGCAGCGGUUAAUUUAGAAUUUCUUGAACAAGGAAAUAUAGCAGCCGUUCAUCGUUUAUUACAACAUGGUCCAUUGUGGUAUAGUCCGUAUUUGAAUACAGACGCUUUUUAUGCACAACGAGCAUUAUUGUGCAGUAGUUUAUCACAAUCAACUUCGACAACGGCAACGCCUUCUAAUAGAGAAGUAUCACCUAAUUAA